AUGGAAGCCAGUGCACAGUGCGCCAUCUGUGCCCAUGCCCCAGCGAUCCACAAACAGCGCGUGGUGUCCACGUUCUUUGGGGCAGCCUUGAAGCAGCCCGACGACCCGGCGGGACAGGCCGAUGAUGAUAGAGAAGGUGAGCAGUGGUUCGGUGUGUGCGCCGAUUGCGAUGUGGUGUGCACCGCCCACCGAAGCAAGCUCGAGGCGCGCAUGGCGCAAGCCUUCGCCGAUGCGGCCGAUGUUGAACGUGCCGGUGAGGGCAAGCAAGCGGCCGACGCGCGACGGCUGCGAUGGAAGCGGGUGCGCAGCGCCGCCGGGGCGCUGAAGAAGCGUGCCGGCUCGCUGCCCGCCAAACAGGCCGACGAGUAUCGGGAGCUCCUUCGGUCCCACUUCGGCACCGACGACCUCGACGAUCCGCAUGUGCAGUGGCUGUGGUAUGCAUACAAGAUCGACGGCGAAGAGGUGAACAGGGUGGUGGCCCAACUGUCGGCGCGGGAGCGACAGGAGUUCGUCGAUAUCUGGAAGGCGCACUGGUACCAGCUGUUCAAGGCCCAGGGAGCCGCCGUCCCGUCUGGCUGGCACCCCCGCUCCAUCCUCAUCCAUGAGCUGCUCAAGCGGAGGGAAAGCAAGGCGCGCUUCCAGCCGGCGUUGGGCCUGCCCACCCCGGUCUACCGCUACGACAAGAGGGCCGAGCAGUGGAAGGAGGCCCCGCCCGAUGCGGUCGCCGCCGAGACGGUGCAGACGGACCGGUUGGUGGUGGUGAGCUUCAACGUGCUGUUCGACCUCUACCACGGACUCACGGAUCUCAUUCACACCCACAAGCGAACGCCCUACGCACUCGACAUGCUGCGGGAGCUCGACGCCGACAUCAUCGGGCUGCAGGAGGUGACGCCUCCGUUCCUGAGCUACAUGCUGGAGGAGGAAUGGGUCAAGGAGCGCUAUUAUGUCUCCGAGAACGACUUGGCGUUGGCCAAGACCAAGGCGACGAAGAAGUACUUCGAUCGUAGCGUGAACGGCAGGGAUCUGCAAAGCACGGUCUACCCGUCGGGCCAGUUGCUCUUGUCGAAGCUGCCCUUCCAGGCCAGCGUCUACGCCUUCUCAAACUACAAGCGCCUCGUGUGCGGCGAAUUCAUCAUCAACGAGCGACCCCUGUGCGUUCCCGUCGUCCACCUCAGCAGCGAGAAGUCAGAGGGAGCAGGGAGCAGGAGGGCGGGUCAGAUCAAUACGAUUGUGAGUGCGAUGCGCGGAGAGAACACCGCGACCGACAGAGCGUGCGUGAUGGACUCGAUCGUGAUGGGCGACUUCAACUUCUCCGACGACAAGGAGGAGAGCAAGCUCAUUCCUGAUGACUUUGUGGAUGCCUGGCUCGCUCUGCGCCCAGACGAGGAGGGCUUCACCUUCAACCCGAGCACCAACCUGGCUGCAGCGCUCGUCAGCCAGAGCCAAAAAGGCAGGAGGUUUGAUCGAAUACUCAUCCGCAGCCCUGGCGAGGGCCGAUUCUGGCACCCAGUGAGCAUCGAUAUGAUCGCCACUGAGCCCAUCGUGUGGAAAGAGAAGCGCAGGCCGAAGCUUUCGGCCAAGCGACUCGCAACUGAACGCACCUUCCUCACUCUAGGGCCAGACACUGUGGAUGAAUCAGCGCUCAGCCCCGAGGAGACAGAAGACCUCAUCACCACGUUUGCAUGUGACGACGCUCGCGAGGUGCUCGAGUUUCCGCCCACGCUCAACAACUUCCAGAGGAUGCUGGUGCACCGUAUUGCUUCUAGGCACUACAGCGCUGGAGAAGAGUCAAAGGGGACGCGUUGUGUGGUUGUUGCCAAGAAGAAGGAAGGCACCAGCGCCAAGGCACAGCACAAGGGUGCACCACAGCCUGCCUCGCCGACGGAUGCCAGUGGUAGUGAGCCCCUCGAAGAACAGGAGUUCCGCAUGCACCCAUCCGACCACUUUGGUCUUGCGUGUACACUUCACUUUGGGCUCUGA